AUGCCAGUAAAACGCUCGGGAGGAGCACCGUCGGGUGCCCCUAAGCGAACCCGCUUCGCCUCUCCACCUCCCGCAGCCGGCCCGUCGACGACUAGGUCAUCUGCCGAGCUGGAUGACGAGGACCAAUUCUUGGACGCCGACAUUACCGAGUCCAAUCGCAAGGCCAAGUCACGGGAGAAGCGUGCGCUCCGCGACCAGGAUGGCUACGGUUCAGACUCGUCCAACGAGGAGGGCGAGAGCGUUGUACCGAGCCGACGACCAGGCGCCAAGGACGACGAGGACGACGAUGUCGACAUGUUUGCCGAUGAGCCCGCCGAAGACGACAAGGGCAAAGGCAAGGGCAAGGCGAAGGAGAAGGAGUUUAUGGACCUCAACGAGAUCGAGGGGCAAGAGUUUGGGCGCCGUAACAGCAACGACGACGACGGCGACUCGGAUAGCGAUAUCGAUGAGGCUAAGAAGAAAGCUGGACUGGACGGCGACAUGGGCGUCGAUAUCACCCCGUUCAACAUGAAGAACGAGAUGCAGGAGGGCCGUUUCACUGCCGACGGCGAGACGUACAUCGAGAACGACAAGGACCCUCACGACAAGCAUGACAACUGGCUCGACGACGCCAACAAGGACGCCAUCAAGAAGGCGCGCAGGGCGCAUCGCGAGCGGGAACGUGUCGAGCGUGAGAGGGAGCAACGGGAGGCGGACAUCGAGGGAGCGGCGGAUACCGAGGAGAAGGAACACGCCCUCCUUCGCCAGGCUGUCGACCUCAUGGAGCGUGGAGAGACUGUGCUUGAAGCCCUGCAACGUCUCGGAAAGGACGUUGAGACGGCCAAGAAGAAGGAGGCGGCUGGCCCGAAGAAGAGCUGGGCCGAGCGACAAAAGGAACGCAAGGCGUUGAUGGCUGAGAAUUCAAGCGACCCAACACAUACGGCCAACCCGUUCACCAACCUCUCCAACAUUGUGUCGUCCCUCUCCGCCAUCAGCAACCUGGACGUGUACUCGUUAUCGCGUGAGGCUAUCCAGCGCAUGCUGCCGAGGGAGCAGCCGAGUGCGGAAGCAGCCCCUACCGCGCCGCGCCCACCACCAGACAACCGGCAACUUCAGUACAGAUUCUCGCUCAACUAUGUGCGCACGCUACCUGAGGCGCAGCGCCCUGUUGAACGCGAGGUGUUUGGCCCAUUCCCAAUCAUGCAGCUACGAGGCUGGAAAGCCACCGGAUUCUUCGGACCGAACUGCGAGAACAUUGAGUUGCGGGUGGUCAAGCCGGACGAGGGGGACCAGCCAUGGGGAUCGUGGGGCGAUAUCAUCGGUGCAUAG